GUGACAGUAGCCGAGUGAUUAUGUCAUGGUCCUCAAGCUCGCUGUAACCUCUCACCUACUUUCUGACACAGUUGGGUUUGCGUUUCAACACUUUCGUAGUCCCUCAGUAUCUCAAAUUUGCCUACCUGUCAGUGCCUCAGUGUCUGACACUUGGAAGUACCGCUUCAAGAUGUGGACAACCAUGCUAUCUCGAUGCACCUUUCCAGCAGUUUUGAAAAGAAGCAGCUCUGUUUUGGCUUGCCAGGCCAUUAGAGCUGCUGGCAGGCCAUUGCAGGCAAUAGCCACCAAAACAUCUCGCUCAACACUGAGGCAAGUUCGUGGACAGCAGACGCAGGCCACCCCUAUCCCCACAGCUCAGGUAGUCAGGCAGGUCAAAACUUUGGAAGAAGAGAGGUUAGUAGAAAUAGAGUGGGAAGAUGGGGGGCAAAGCUUCUACCCAUUCACCUGGAUGCGGGACAAUUGCCAGUGUCCACUUUGCACCCUGCAGUCUGCACAGGCCCGUAGUCUGCUGCUCUCCAAACUGGACAUUCACACUGGAGUGGACAGUGUCCAGGUCUCUGAUACCAAUAAGGUGUGCAUAGUAUGGCCCGACCAGCACACCAGCGAGUUUGAUCCAGAGUGGCUGAAGAAGAGGUGCUUCUCUCCUGCUAUCAGACAAGUAAUGCAGGAAGAGCUCUUCCUCAAUGAGCGUGUUUACUGGGACUCCAAGCUGCAGAUCCCCACAGCCAAUUUUGAGGAGGUUCUCCAUGAUGACAAAGCGGCUCUGGCUUGGCUGAUAGCACUACGCAAAGUUGGCAUAGUCUACAUGAAGGGGGCGCCAGUGAAGCAAGGCCAGGUUGCCAGACUGAGUGAAAGGAUUGGCUAUCUCAGACUGACUUUCUAUGGGCACACGUGGCAGGUCAAGGACAAACCUAUGGCCAACAACGUUGCCUACACCUCUGGGAAACUCAGUCUCCACACAGAUUACCCAGCACUGCAUAACCCACCUGGGGUGCAGUUCCUGCACUGCCUGAACCAGGCUUGCAAAGGAGGGGAAAGUGAAGUGGUAGAUGGUUUCCACAUGGCUGAACUUCUGCGGAGAGAAGACCCAGAAGCCUUUAGUACCCUCACUUCCCACAGAGUGGACUUCACAGACACAGGGGCUGACUACUGUGACUUCAAGGUGCAGUCCAAGAACCGCAUCAUUGAUGUGGACAAUGAGGAACGGGUCGUAAGGAUUAACUACAACAAUGCCACAAGAGACUCUGUGUUGGAUCUCCCCUUGCAUCAGGUCCAGCCCUUCUACCGUGCUCUCAAGGCCUAUGUGGAACUCAUGAUCCGACCUGAUAACCUAGUUACCUACAUGAUGGAACCUGGGGACUUGGUCACCUUUGAUAACUGGCGCCUUCUACAUGGGCGAAGAAGCUACAUAAGCCAUACAGACGCAUUGAGACACUUGGAGGGAGCCUACCUGGACUGGGAUGAGGUCAUGUCACGCUUACGGAUACUUCGCAAGUCUGUCCACGGAAACUAUUAGAUCCACAAGACUUUAGAAAGUCAAUUGUCUCCUACAUUCACACUGUGACCAAAGGUAUGCGGACACCUGCUUUCUGAACCACUCAUUCCAAUAUCAUGAGCACUUUUUUGGUCCCCGCUUUUUCUAUAACUGCAUCCACUCCUCUGGCAAGACUUUCCAAUAAACGUUGGAACAUUAAUGUGGGAUUUGCUCUUAUUGGUAGUUAAUGGAAGGGGUGUCCACAUACUUUUGGCCAUGACAAUGAGCAAAGAAAGAAUUCUCUUUAGAAAAGGUGAUCAUUUAAAUGAAACCUUUUCUAUUGAAGACCUUACAAAGGAAAGUAAACCCCGUAAGAACAAAAAUCGAUAACGGGUUUUGGACUCUUAGCCAGUUGUUUUACAAAGCUAUGGAAGCUGUGGUUGAACUGCUAUGUAUUUGUAUCUGUGUAUUGCCUUUAACGUCUGCACAUUAUUUGUCCCCUCUUUUAAUGUUGAAAUUCUGUGA